AUGACUUUGUCGUUGGGAAUGGCACCGGAGAAGAUACGUGGUGUGCUGCAACUGGAAGGAAGAUCAAGUACUACAGCCAUCCAACCCGGAUUGCCACCAUUAAGGAUCCAACAGUGCUCCCAACCGCGGUCGCCAGUGCCGACGUGCUCGCGUGUGUUAGUGUGUUUCAAAUUCUAUACAAACCUACCUGUCUCGUUCGGACCCCGGCAGCACCGUGGCUGCACACCGGCGGAGGACAUCGAUCGCAGCGUCGGGGGUCGAGCGUCCAGUGAUCCGACGACAUUAAUGUGGGAAAUGUUGGAUCCGGAUCUUGAGUGUGGCAACGAAUGUGGCGGCCCGGGACCACCUCCGGAGUUUCGGAUUCCGCCACCGCCGCGGCCUCCCUUCCUGGCCGAACUUAGCAACUGCAACGAAGACGGUGCCGGCGGUGGCUCGGUGGCAGCCAUGCUUGGACCGGGUGGUUCGGCCGCCACCUCCUUCUCCACCGACGGGGACAUCUGCGAAGCGAUACCGAUCCUCGAUGCCAGCUAUCAUAGCAGUCCAUCAUUCCAAACAUCCGCCAUGAUUGUGCUGUGUUCAGUGCUACUAUUGUUAGUCAUUUUUAUAUCGUCGUUACUAGUGUGGAAACACAAGCGGAAAGUUCAAAACUUCCUACCCUGCAAAACGCCAACCCGGGGACCACCGCAUCAUCUGGACGCAACAGGUGUGUCAGCGGCCCACUCAGUGACGUACGAGGAUCCGGACGUGCACCUCGGACACCACCCGCUGGUCAUGCGGCACCACCACCAUCAUCACCAUCACAACAUGGAGCUCCACCACCCGAAGCAGCUGCACUAUCCGAGUGGCUAUCCGAUGCCACGGUCGCCACCGCUAUUCAUUUGCUCAUCGCCCGGUCCGGACCCGUACCGAUCGCAUGACAAUGUGUACGAAGAGCUGGAGCAUCCCCGCGACACGGACUCGGAGCCACCGGUGCAGUCCGAUGACGACUUUGCUGAAGACGAGCUGAGCCUACCCGGUGACCGGUCGUUUCAUAAAUCAUCUUCGGACGGUGGAACGACGGUGGCCACAAUCUAUCACGACCGUAGCGCCAGCAGCAACGGGGGAACAAACAGCGGCAGCAAUACCGACCAGUACAUGGAGCGGAACAGGACCGAGCGUAAUUCGCUGCUCUCGUCAUCGUCAUCCGGAAAUGACAAUAACCUGAGGCAGGGUGCGGCAGCUGGCACUAGCAAUGGUGGUGCCGGCGGUGCUAGUGGCGUCAGCAACAAUAGAAACUCCAACUCCAGCAGUGAGUGUACUAGCAGUGCAAGUGGGAACAACAACAAUCCUAAUGGCUGCAGCAGUGGUGGCAGCAGCAGCAACAACAAUAAUAGCAAUAGUAGUGGAACCAAUAACAAUAGCACCGGUGGUGGACUGUUUCGUUCUAGAAAGCAGCAACCAUCGACACUCGGAAGUGGUAGGGGCAACAAGCACGUGAACAAUCUCAACUCGUUGGGUGAGCCUCCCUGUGAGGUGACUCACACACUGCCGGCGGGAUACGACGAACGAGCCAUGAUGACACUGCCCCCGUCCUACCAGGCGGCGGCAGCGGCAGUAGCCAGUACGGCUAGAACCAGUCCUAAUAAUUUGAAUAGUAUCAACAAUAAUAGCUUUGUGAAUAGCAAUAGUUUGAACAACAACAAUAGCAGUCGAGGCAAUUACUAUAGUACAAUAGACGACGACUGCGAUCCGGUCGAGCGACGGAACCGAAUCAACGCCCAACUGUCUGCAUCGGCUGUGGCAAUCAACAAUGGAGGCCCAGGAGUGUCCACCAUUUUCCGCAAUGGCCGACCACCCCACCCCAACAACAACAUCAACCACAAUCAUCACACAACGAAUGCGAGCAGUCGAUCGCGAACGAAUCCCCGGUCGCUGGAUCGACGGCGCUUUCUGAUCAAUAACAUCAACAACAACACCACCGCCGGCAACAAUCUGGCGGUUAUAUCCACGCAAGAUCCCUCCCAGUACAUCUACCACGAACCGGUUUUUCACGAGGGACUCAUAUACGAUGCCUGCCUGUCGUACAGUGAUCGAAGUAGUGGAAGCAGUGCCGGCCCUCCGUAUCCCUACAUCCUGCCGCAGUUUACCACCUUUCGGAAUCACCACGGUUCCGGACCGGGCCACGGGCACGCCAUCUACUCGCGGGACAGCAGUUUUGGGUCCGAUUCGGGCUACAGUCAGCACACGCAGGCAUCGAACCGUAGCGUAGGCUGGAGCAGGAAUCGACCUCCACAACCAAUGCCACAACAGCAACAGCAGCAGCAGCUCCAAACUGAACAACCCCAACCGGCCGUGACGGAUUCUUGAGAAAAAGUUUCCCCCCCGGCAGCGACUCUCAUUUCGCAGCUCGUGUACGGCAAGGUUUUCAUCUGAGGUGUUGAGAUCCGGGACUCAAGUAAAAUCUCCCGGAUAAGUAAGGUCUUAAGAAGUAGGUUUAGUCGAAAUGAAAUGUGAUUUUAAUUUUAAACGAAAACUUAAGAAACCACUUACCCCUUUCCCGUGUAAACAAACUGAACUCGUUUUUAGGUUAUAUACUUGAGCGUCGACAGUUCGACUGAAGCACACCAACACACACACAGGCAUGCCCCCAAGGAAAAAGACUGUUUAACUAAGCUAGGUUUUACUUCAAACUUCUUCUCCCGGUAUAAUACGCGGAAAUAAGAACCGAUCGAGCUACCAACGCAGAUUUUACAGUACCAUAAUUUUUAAGAUACAUCUUCUUCAUAGAGUAACUGAAAAGAGCCCCUCCCCCCUUCUCCCCAAGUACUCUCUUCACGAAUACAGUAAUGAGUAAAUUAUAUAUGAACCAUAUUAGCAAAAGCCAGAUGAAUUUUAACGCAAAACAAUCGAAGCUAAACUAGUACUUAAUAGGCGAUCGCAAAUCAUGUUCAAAUGCAAAAAGGGAAAUCCAUACUCUAGUGGUUGUAAUUAAUCCUUAAACGAAAACAAACAUAAAAUCCUGAAUUGUAAAGCAGAAAGAGCAGAAGAAGAAGAAGAUCAACAUUUCUCCAAGUCCACCGGUGGUGGCGCCUACUACAACUGUUAUAGGUAAGAAAGUGCAACUGAAGUCUUUGACAGCUCCCGCGAGAUGUCGCCGUUGCUUGCGUGGCCCACGGCUCUCUCGAUCUCCGUCGCCCAGUCUCGGAUCAUUAUUUGUGGUUCC